AUGGGGCAAGCAGUAGAUAUGGUUGCGAAGUUAUGGACUAUUUGGCUAGUUCGCAAUGACACUUUUUGGAACGCAAAAACGUGGCAUAUUGAUGAAGUCAAAUGUUAUGCUCAGUCAUUGGUGUCUGCAUGGCAACAUACAUACUCCCCUACAGUUUCAUUGUUCCAUAAUACGCAACCUGCUUUGCACACUGAUUCAUCUAAUGUUUGGUGCCCACCUCCGGAAGGUAUGUUGAAAUGUAAUGUAGAUGCUGCUUUGCUCGAUGAUAAUUUGGGUUUUGGGGUUGUGGCCAGAGAUCAUGCAGGAAAGUUCGUAGCAGCCUACAGUGGUCAUUUACACUAUUUUCGGGAUCCCUAUUUAGCUGAGACGAUGGUGGUAAAGGAGGCGCUUACUUGGCUUAAGAAUCGAAGUAAUAGUAAUGUCAUCGUUGAGUCCAUGGGGCUUAAGGAUCCCUAUCUAAAUUUUUGCAAUAGUUUUAAUUCUAACAGUCAAGACUUUUCAUAUGUGGGUCUUCUUAUUAAGCAAUGUCGAUUUAUUGCUAGUGACAUUAGGAACAUUGUUGUUCGCCAUGUCAAGCAAUCAGCGAAUCAUGUAACUCAUGUGCUUGCACGGGUGACUGGUUCUCCUUCUAUCCUUGGGGUCUGGGAUUGUUUUCCCGCCCUAGUGUGUGUACAAGCUAUGGAGAACUCAUCUUCUUCCUCUAAUUCACGCUGCGAGAACUUCGUAUUUAGUGAAAAACUUACAAUGGAACAUUGUCAUUGUGGAAGACAAUUGAAGCUUCUCACUUCAUGGACAAAUGAAAAUCCAAGUUGA